AAAACUCUUGUGGUAUAACACGAAUAUGACGUUUCGGGGCUACUUUCUCAUAAUGGAAGGCGUUUUUUGGAUUUAUCGUGUAUAUUUGCUCACCACGGGAAGUUUAAAGUAAACUUUCGGUAGCUAUAUGUGUUUAUUUUGAGAUGACGAGACGCUGUUUGUGUUUUGAUAGAAUCUAAGUAGUUAGCAUGCUAAGUUUUAGCAUCUAGAUAAAGUUAGCUCGUUAGCUCGUUAGCUCGAGCUGAAAGAAUAACAUGACAACUUAAAUAGCUUGUGUAUCUGGGAAAAUACUGCAUGCUGAAUAUUUACGGAGUUAUUUUUAAAUAAUAUAUAUAUACAUAUAUAUAUGUUUAUUUAUAAUUCUAUAGCUGUCUAAUGAGAUCAUCUUAGCUUGUCGGCUAACGUUAACGUUACAUUGAAUGACACGUCGCUAGGCUAGUCUUUUUUUUCUGGUUAGCAUGUUGCUAAAAGCUAAAAAUCUGACAGUUUGUUUUUUGACAGGAAAAGUUAUACACUAAGCUUCAAAUGUCGCUAUUAACUUAAAACUUUACACGUUUUACUUUUAAAGUGUAAAAUUAUAAGCGUUUUGCGUUUCGAAACAAAUUUUUACUGGAAGUUUUUUUUUAUAUAUAUAUAUUUAGUUUAAUACACGUAAAAGUUAUUGGGUUUGAACCUGGUUUUAAUUGUGAUUUAAAAUACAUGGUAAUAAAAUUAAAAAAAAAAAUUAAAAAUUACAAAAGUAUCUUCGUAUUAAAAAAAAAAACAAUCCAAAUUAAUUUUUUUCCAAAUUUUUUUUCCAAAUUAAAAAAUAGAAUUAAUUUUAAAAAAUAAUUUUUAAUAACAAGAUACUCUACUGUAAAAUCUUCUAAAACUUGUCACUGUAAUUUUCAUAGUAAUAUAUGCAAGCUGUGGAUAUCAGACAUGUUCCUGUACGCAUAGCAUCCUGGAGUUUGCAGAUUUAUUCGGUCUUUCUUGUCUCUUGUGGAUAAAAUUUGAUGGCCUAAACUGUGAGCGUAAUGAUGGCUGAUGAUGAGAACGGCGAUCAGAGCUUGGACACGGUGAGCUUGCAGACGGAGGGCAGUCAUUUUGGAGACGAUGGAGAAAGCUCUCUGGGCUCUGACUCCGAGCUCAAUGGCAUGCCAGGCUACAGAGAGACAGACAAGUACGGCUUUAUCGGAGGAGCACAGAAGUAUUCAGCCGAAUCAGCUGAGGAAGUUCCCCCGGCGGUGUUAAGGCAGAGAGAGCUGAAAUGGUUGGAUAUGCUGAAGGACUGGGACAAAUGGAUCAACAAGAGAUUUAAGAAGGUGAGACUGCGAUGUCAGAAAGGAAUCCCUCCAUCGAUUAGAGGCAGAGCCUGGCUUUACCUGUCAGGAGGGAAAGUAAAGAAGGAGCAAAACAGCACAAUAUUCAAGGAGCUGGAAAGCAAGGAGGGCGAUCCAAAGUGGAUAGAUGUGAUUGAGAGAGAUUUACACAGACAGUUCCCUUUCCAUGAGAUGUUUGUGUCACGAACUGGACACGGGCAGCAGGAUCUGUUGCGGGUGCUAAAGGCAUACACACUCUACAGGCCUGAUGAAGGUUACUGUCAGGCUCAGGCUCCGAUCGCCGCAGUGCUGCUCAUGCACAUGCCCGCUGAGGAUGCAUUUUGGGGUCUUGUUCAGAUCUGUGAGAAAUACCUUCCCGGUUACUACAGUGCUGGCUUGGAGGCCGUUCAGCUGGACGGAGAGAUCCUGCACGCGCUGUUGAAGCGCGUGUGUCCGACGGCGUAUCGACACCUGGACAAGCACAAGAUCGAACCUGUGCUCUACAUGAUGGAGUGGUUCAUGUGUGCCUUCUCCAGAACUCUGCCCUGGGCCUCGGUCCUCAGAGUGUGGGACAUGUUCCUCUGUGAUGGAGUAAAGAUUAUAUUCCGUGUAGGCUUGGUGUUGUUGAAGUCCAUGCUGGGAACUCGGGAUAAACUAAAGGCCUGUCCGGGUCAGUAUGAGACCAUGGAGGUUCUCCGAGCGAUUGAACCCAAAUACAUGCAGGAGGCCUUCUUAGUGCACCAGGUUCUAGAAAUGCAGGUCUCUGCACGGGACGUGGAGCGUGCGCACCGCACGCAGCUGAAGCGCUGGAGAAAGAAGCGUGGCGAGCCCACCCGCAAACCCCCUCUGAGAAUGCACAGUGCUCGUGCCAUCAUAUCCAACGAGCCUCACACACGCCAAGACCUCCACCAAAACCCCUCCAUUAUCGUCCCGUUCCCAUCGAUCCCUAAGGAAAUAGCCGAGACGAGCCUCAAAAAGAAGAGAGGUUCCAUGAAGAGAAACCAACUCCUCAACAUCCCUAACCCCUACGCCCUACCUAUCGAGUCUAAACUCGGUUCGAUAUCGGAAACACAGCCUCUGAACAAUGAAAACCAAUACGUUGUGCUUCCAAAUCCUCCAUCAUAUCCAGCCCAGCUCCCUACAGAGCAGAAAAAUCAAGUCAGAGAGACGAAAGUUUCUACAGAGCGACUCGUGCAGUCAUUAUCGAAUUCCACCGUCAGUCCGACCCCGGGAUCGCUUCCUCUUCAGCAUCUAUCACUCCUGCCUUCUCUCGCACACGAAUCGACCCCCGAGUGGCGUCCUCACCUGCUGGACUCUCCUCGCGUCCUAUUUCCAAAACCCGUCCCUGACCACGAUGACCUUCCUAAUAAUACAGAAAAGUCUGCAGCCAUUCAGGGUCAGUCUACAGACCCGAGCUCUCUCCUUACACACAACGAAGACUCGACUGCUGUGCUCCAGGACAAAAACGGUGUGCUGCACAACUCCGCAGAGAGCAUCUGCAGCUCAGAGGACACCUACUUGUAACUUUCGCACACUUGGUGACUCGGAAGAAACAGGACACUGCAGAUUUGGGAGAAAUAUUGACAUUGUUUUUUACAUGCAGUUGUUAAUUUGAGUAGGAACAUGGGAUCAGUUAUUACAUAACCUGUGACAUUUCUUAAACUAAUGUUUUUUCUUAUUAUCACAUUCACACUUUCCACCUAAGAGGCAUCCGAGAUGUUUGGCGUCGAAAGUCAGACGCCAAACACGUCGUGGCUUAUUGACUAAAAUUAGGAUGAAAGUGAAAUGGUGCAAUUUUUUUUUUUUUUUUUUUUUUUUUUAUUAAGAAACUUGUAUUUCUUCCAUUUUUCACUAUGAAAAAACUCGGAUCAGUGGCGUCAGAGAAAGUGCCGUAAAAACACAUCGUCAGCGUCUCACAUUCCGCCAUUUCAGUGUCCCUGCGGUGCUGAUAAAUUGCUUCAAAUUGACUGGCAAAUUGUGCAUAGCACCCGAUGAGCUACAGUUACUAUUUAUAGACCUAAAAAUGCCAGAACGUUUUUCAGUACUCAGACCCAGGAGUCAUUAAACCUGAUGGAAAGUGGAGCGUCACACUACUUUAAGACCAACUCUUAACGCUAAAAUGCAGAGCAUUAUCAGAGGUUCUGAGGUUUGUGUGUCCGAGGCUCUACAUCUGAAAAGCUUUACCCGCGAGUCCACACAUCCGAGGAUCCGACGUCCGAGGUUUAGGAUCUCAGGCUCUAAUUCUGAGGCUCUGACUUCGCUUUCUGUUCUUCACUUCUAUCAUUUUAACAAGUUUGUACCUUAACGGACUUCAGUUAAAACUACAUAAUGGACAUGUGCUAAUAUUCGGUUUUUAUAUCACGCUCAGCUUAGGAAAUGUCGGCCUGCCUAGUAGAUCUGGGCGAUUAUAAGAAUUUCCUUUCGUUAUUUUAAUUCAUUCAUUCAUUAACCUCCUAAGGUUCCAGUAGCAGGACCCCCCGCUUUCAUCGACACAGCCCGGGUUCAAGUCCCGACUCUCGGUGCCGAUCCCAAGCCCGGAUAAAAUGCGAGGGCUGUAAUAAAAUGCGAGGGCUGCAUCAGGAAGGGCAUCAAGAGUAAAACCUGAUGCAGACCAGAUGAUCCGCCGAGGCAACCCGAAACGGAGCAGCACUGAUGUUUAACAACAGUUUUAAUUUGGUUUCUAAAAUACGACACAAACACACUGUGUUUUAAUAAGUUAAGAGAAUUAGUACAAUAUGACGACUGUACAAUACGACGAUGUCUUAUUUGAACUAUUUUACGCACAUAUGCCUAAAGUCUAAAGCCAUCAAACGUGACACACUAGAUUCAGUAACGCUUCAUUCACAGUGCGAAUUUAAGAUGUAUAUUUUUAAAGUAAUCUUUCAACGCUGCUAUCAAAACCGACUCUUUCUGACCCGAACGCUGAGCGCGGAUGUCUUUUUUUUUUUUUUUUUUUUUUUUGUUUUCGUCUUGUGUGUUAAACAGCGCGAUAUGUUGUAGAAUUGUAUAUCGACGCGUCAACCGAACAGCAUCUUCUUACUGUUUUCUUCUCGGCCACUAGACGGCAGACUUUAUUCAGAUGUGUGCACACUGUCCACAAACACUCUAAAGUGCCCGAGAAGUCUUUUUAACGAACGAAUCUCAUACGAACACUUUGUUUCUGUUACACUAACGCGUGUGUAUUUCGUUCAGCGGAUUUUUUCCAUCCUGCUCUUUAUGCAACACAUAAAUUGUCUGACAUAAUUGUAAAAUAGUCACAUCGUUUUCUCAAUGAAAUGUCUGCUAUAUAUGAUAUGAUAUAUAUAAUUCAUACCAGACUACUGUCAACUUCUCACUAAUUUGCUCCGAUUCCUUUAGUUCCGUCGUAACAAAUCAGACAGGGAACUCAACGAUAGACGAGUUACACAAUCGGAUACUUUCGAGCUACGAAAAGCCUGCGGUCUUUAGCACUGAGUUUGAGAUUUACGGAAGGAGUCUCCAGUGUCAGCGCAGUACGUCUCUUCAGGGCAGGACUGCGUGCUUUACGCAUCGCAAGCUGCAUUUAAGACGCAGUUUUGCACGGAUUUAAAGCUGUAAAAGUUUUAAUCCCAGACCUUGGAGAUCCUGAAUCAAUCCUCCAGCCCGUAACUCACCUGCUAAUUCAUUUGUUCUGGGUUUGGUUUCUUCUGUUAUGUUGCCUUGAGGGAGGAAAAAAAAAAAUCUACCAAAUAAAUAAAAAUAUCCUAGAAAUAUUUUUGUUCACGUUUUGCCCACAUCUAGUAUCACAUCUAGUUACACUCAUUCUUACGUUAAUGGGAGCUGUUACUUUAUUUUUGUACGUAUAUAAAUUUUCUAAUCUUAUUACUGAAGCUUUGUGACGCUGUUUGUUUUUAAUAGAGAAUUUUAACACAGUUUUGUUAAAUGAUUAUUAUAGAAUUUCCUACACAACAACCGAACAUUAUUUUUGUAAACAUUCCUAAAGCUUUGAUUCAGAUUUCUUCCUUUUCUUUUUGUCAAAGCUGAGCAUAUUACGUUCAAUAGCAUAACUGCUAAACUUUAACGAUUUGCAAUAUUCUAAUAAACUGUACCGAGAAACAACUCGACUCGUCAGAAUUAUGAGACGGACUCUCGAGAUGUCGCACGGGACAAACUACAGGACAGAGUUUUUUAUUAAGACAGACUUCAUCUCGAGACACGUCCUCUGUUAAGGUGGCAUUUGAAUGUUCACGGAGAUGUUCACAACAACAACAGCAUGGCACUUAUGUCUAAUCUAUAAAUCUCAUUCUGUAGAUGUUGUACAAUCAGAUGCUACUUAAAUAAAAACAAUAACCAGACAAAA